AUGGAUGCGAAUGGUGACAUUGGUGCGAAGCGCAAGCGCAGCGCCAUCGCUGGCGCCGUGGAGCGGCCUGCCAAACAUCUCAAGCCUGAAGGCUCAGUCUUAACCCCCGGCGACUCUACCCCGGCCAAUGGGACCGUAUACGAUGUGGAAGAGGAAGAUGACACUGGACGUAUGCUAGCCGUUGGUCCUGCGCAGGCGGAUUCGCCGGAGUGGCAGGCGACUAUUGAAACAGUCGUGAAGAGUGUGGUGUCCAUCCACUUUUGCCAGACGUGUUCGUUUGAUACAGAGCUUUCUAUGAGCAGUCAAGCAACAGGUUUUGUGGUCGAUGCCGAGCGAGGAUACAUUCUGACCAACCGGCAUGUGGUCUGCGCGGGUCCGUUCUGGGGAUACUGUAUUUUCGACAACCAUGAAGAGUGUGACGUUCGCCCCGUAUAUCGAGACCCCGUGCACGAUUUCGGCAUCCUCAAAUUUGAUCCGAAAGCCAUUCGCUACAUGAAGCUCACUGAGCUCAAGCUCCAGCCCGAGGGAGCUCGAGUAGGUGUCGAGAUUCGAGUGGUUGGUAACGAUGCGGGUGAAAAGCUGAGCAUUCUGUCUGGUGUGAUCAGUCGUUUGGACCGGAACGCUCCGGAGUACGGCGAGGGCUACAGUGACUUCAACACAAACUACAUUCAAGCUGCAGCCGCAGCCAGUGGUGGUAGUUCCGGAAGUCCUGUAGUCAAUAUCGAUGGUCAUGCUGUCGCUCUGCAAGCAGGCGGACGUGCUGAUGGGGCUGCAACGGAUUACUUCUUGCCUCUGGACCGCCCGCUCCGUGCAUUGGAAUGUAUCCGCCAAGGCAAGCCUAUCACCCGCGGCACCAUCCAAACCCAGUGGAUCCUCAAGCCUUUCGAUGAAUGCCGCCGCCUUGGUCUUACACCUGAGUGGGAAGCGGCUGUUCGCAAGGCCGCUCCCGCCGAGACCAACAUGCUUGCGGCCGAGAUCAUCUUACCUGAAGGACCUGCGGAUGGAAAAUUGCAGGAGGGAGAUGUGCUGCUACAGGUGAAUGGUGAGCUUCUCACCCAAUUCGUUCGUCUGGACGAUAUUCUGGACUCCAGUGUGGGCAAAACCGUCCGGUUGCUCGUUCAACGAGGAGGUGAAGACCUCGAGGUGGAGUGUGAAGUCGGUGACCUCCAUGCUAUCACACCCGAUCGAUUUGUGACGGUUGCUGGGGGUACAUUCCACGACCUGUCAUACCAACAAUCCCGACUCUAUGCCAUUGCCACCCGCGGAGUAUAUGUGUGCGAGGCUGCGGGCUCAUUCAAACUUGAGAACACUCUGUCUGGAUGGAUCAUCGAUUCGGUUGACAAGCGGCCGACUCGCAACCUGGAUGAGUUCGUAGAGGUGAUGAAGUCCAUCCCGGACCGCUCCCGUGUGGUCAUCUCUUAUCGCCACAUUCGGGAUCUGCAUACCAAGGGCACAAGUAUCAUCUAUGUGGACCGUCACUGGCAUCCAAAGAUGCGUCUAGCGGUCCGCAAUGAUGAGACAGGCAUCUGGGACUUUUCGGACCUGUCUGAUCCUAUUCCUGCUGAGACUCCUGUUCCACGUAAGGCAGAUUUCAUCCAGCUGGAUGGUGUGAGCCAACCUGCUGCCGCAGAGAUUGUGCGCAGCUUCGUGCGUGUGUCAUGCACAAUGCCCUUGAAGCUUGAUGGCUACCCACAGGCCAAAAAGACCGGCUUUGGUCUGGUUAUUGAUGCUGCGAAGGGUCUGGUUGUCGUCUCAAGGGCCAUUGUGCCCUAUGACCUUUGUGAUAUUAACAUCACAGUCGCCGACUCGGUCAUCCUCAGUGCCAAGGUCGUUUUCCUUCACCCCCUACAGAACUACACCAUCAUUCAAUACGACCCCAGCCUUGUGCAGGCGCCUGUGCAGAGCGCUCGUCUCAGCUCCGAGUAUAUCAAACAGGGACAGGACACUAUAUUUGUUGGUUUCAAUCAGAAUUUCCGCAUCGUCGUAGCCAAGACGGCGGUUACUGAUAUCACCACCGUGUCGAUUCCUGCUAACGCCUCCGCUCCCCGGUACCGCGCCAUCAACUUAGAUGCCAUCACUGUGGAUACUGGAUUGAGUGGCCAGUGCACCAACGGUGUAUUGAUCGGCGAGGAUGGCGUUGUGCAGGCUCUGUGGCUCAACUACCUCGGCGAGCGCACCCCCAGUUCUCACAAGGACGUUGAGUACCACCUCGGGUUUGCUACCCCGUCUCUGCUCCCGGUUACUUCCAAAAUUCAGCAAGGUGUCACCCCCAAGCUGCGCAUCCUGAAUAUGGAGAGCUACGUCGUGCAGAUGAGCCAGGCGCGCAUCAUGGGUGUAACUGAGGAGUGGAUUCAAAAAGUUGCGCAGGCCAAUCCUUCCCGCCAUCAACUCUUCAUGGUUCGCAAGGUCGAUUGCCCACCGUCGACUUUAAUCGCCGGUGUCGACAGCUUCCAGGAAGCUGACAUCAUCCUCACCUUGGACAACCAGCUCAUCACUCGUGUGUCGGAGCUAGAUGUCAUGUAUGAGAAGGAGGUUCUAGACGCUUUGAUUGUUCGGAAUGGCCAGGAGAUGCGCAUCCGUGUCCCAACUGUUCCUACUGAAGAUCUUGAGACUGAUCGCGCCGUUGUCUUCUGCGGCGCUGUCCUGCAAAAGCCCCAUCAUGCCGUGCGGCAGCAAAUCUCCAAGCUCCACAGCGAGGUCUAUGUGAGCGCUAGGAGCCGCGGUUCUCCCGCUUACCACUACGGCCUUGCCCCUACCAACUUCAUCACCGCUGUCAAUGGCGUUGCAACCCCGGAUCUUGACGCCUUUGUCGAGCAAGUCCGCAAGGUUCCCGACAACACCUACUUCCGCCUGCGCGCGGUGACAUUCGACAACGUUCCGUGGGUGGUUACCAUGAAGAAGAACGAUCAUUACUUCCCCAUGUCCGAAUACAUCAAGGACCCGGCCGUUCCUGCCGGCUGGCGCACCAUCUCCCACGACACAUCCAAGGGAGGGCUAGGCGCAUCCCCAGAUGCUGUGAAUCUGAACCCCGACGCUAUGGACGAGGGCGCUGAGGGUGGUGACAGCGACAUGGAGCCUGACAUGGAGUAA